GCAAUCGUAAACAAAAAAUCGAAAGUAAAUAUCACUUUUGUAGGAGGAGAACUUUGUUGCGUUUUAAAUUCGGCAUAACUAGGACUUAAAGAAGUCUGUUUGUACGAUCUAUCGAUAAUUCAAUAAGAACUACCGUUGCUGCAGCCCUGGUUAAUGUGGAAAAUAAAAUUUAAACCAGCAACUAAAUGAUUUAUAAACGACUAAAACAUGUCUUUAAGCCGACCAUUGGUCACGGUGGUGCGGGCCGGACGCCAUAGCUACGCGGCAGGACUUCAGUUGCAACAGCACCUAGCGAAGUCAUCCCAAAAACUGGAUGUUCCUGCGGAGUUUCGUAAUUACCUCGUGCUGCAGGAGCAUGAUCCCGUCUACACGAUCGGAGUGCGAACCAAGGACUACACGGUGGCGGACGAAGAGCGCCUACGCAAGUUGGGAGCCGAUUUUCACCGCACGGAUCGCGGUGGCCUUAUCACAUUUCACGGACCCGGCCAGUUGGUGGCGUAUCCCAUCCUUCACUUACGACAGUUUCAAGGCGGUAUGCGCUGGUAUGUGGCCACGCUGGAGCGCAUGGUGAUCGAGACCUGUCGACAGCUGGGCAUUCCGAACGCCACCACCACCAAGGACACGGGUAUUUGGGUAGGAGACCGGAAGAUAUGUGCCAUCGGCGUCCACGGCUCACGUUACGUCACCAGUCACGGCGUCGGCCUGAACUGCUGCACGGAUAUGACCUGGUUCGAGCACAUUGUGCCGUGCGGCAUUGAAGGCAAGGGUGUGACCUCGCUCAGCGAAGAGCUCGGCAGGCAGGUCUCUAUUCAGGAAGCCAGUACAGCUUUUCUUAGCAGCUUCGCCAAAGUUUUCGAGUGCCGGCUUAAGGAACAAGCUGAGGCAAUAAUGCAAGGUUCAAACUGACAAUGUUUUGUAUUUCAAAUUAACAAUUAAAUAAGUUUUAGAUAAAUUUAUUAGUCAUGCCAA